GCGCACGCUUUGGUUGGCAGGAUGCGCUCAGCCAAUGGGGACCGAUGCAGAGCGCACUGCGCAUGCGCGGCUCAGAGCCACUGUUUGAGACGGAAGACUGCGGAGUGCGUCUCCACAUACUGCGAAACACAAGAAAACUCAAGAAAAGUGCAGGACCGGGGCAGAUCAGAAGCAUGUCGGGGUUUCUGGACGGGAUCAGAUGCGGCGAUUGCGAGUGUAACGUGGACUGGGGCGAGAAGAGAAACACCAUCGCCUCCAUCGCAGCCGGCGUUCUGUUCUUCACAGGCUGGUGGAUCAUCAUCGACGCAGCGAUAAUGUACCCUAAAGAGGAAGAGUUUCAUCAUGCGUAUCAUACCUGCGGAGUUAUAGCGACUAUAGCCUUCCUCAUGAUCAAUGCGGUGUCUAAUGGUCAAGUGAGGGGCGACAGCUACAGCGAGGGCUGCUUGGGACAGACGGGUGCCAGAAUCUGGCUCUUCAUCGGCUUCAUGUUGGCGUUCGGGUCUCUCAUCGCCUCUAUGUGGAUUCUGUUUGGUGGUUUUGUUGUGACUGAAAAAAAGGAUUUGUCGGUGUAUCCCGGCAUCGCAGUUUUCUUCCAAAAUGCUUUCAUCUUCUUUGGUGGUCUGGUGUUCAAGUUUGGCCGAACUGAGGACCUCUGGCAGUAACGGAUCCAUUUCCUUCAAUCAAAUCCCACAGUCCAUCAACACACAAUUCCUCCGUACUUAUUGCUGCUUAUUUGCACUCUUUAUUUCUUUCUCUCCCCUUUUCAACUCCUCGGCUGACUCCCGUUCUUGAAUAUGUUCCCGCUUCCUGUCUUUGUCUCGUUUCCUGUGUGGCGCGGUGGGCGCCCGCAGAGAGAGAAUUGCGGAUCAAAUCAGUCUCUGCAGUCGAAAUGGACACGUUUAGACCUCGUCCUGCAUUUCUAAUGCAAAUGGCUUGUAUACAGUGAAAUCACAAUGAAAAAAAAAUGCAGACAGCGUACCGUCAAGCCAAUAUCUUCAGAGAAAAACUUUAAAAAAAAAAAAUAUUGUUACGCGAGUUUUUGAGCAUAAUCAAUAACCAAAAUGAGUGUGACUGGCUUUCAGUCUUUUCAGCUUCACUGUGUCUUUUUUUUUUUUUUUUUUUAAAUCAUUUAAAUAAAAGUCUCUUCUUUUUUGAAUAAGCCACCGAAAUUGUAUCUUUCGGUAAACUUUCAUUUCCGUGCAGUCGAGAACACGGCUCAACUUUCAGCCAGCUGAUAUCACAACAAGCUCUUUAUUCUACGUCUUACUUUUGUAAGAUUUUUUUUUUUAUAUAUCGCUUUAUGUGGUUUCCCAUGCUUUACGCAGCCAUUCAGUUGUUUAAUUUUUAAACUUUACACCGAUUGCACUGAGCACAAGCAGUUUCUCAUAGCCGAGCGUAACUAGAAACGUAUAUUCGCUGUCAAUAUUUUUCAUUUCUGUGCGACUAGUCAAACCAAACAGCCUAUUUCUUUUGAGUUUUUCUUGACUGUGGGAAGCCUGGUUAUAUAUUUUGUAGCUUUGGGAGCUUUAAGUCGACUCUCCUGUGUAUGUGUGGGCGAUAUGGGAGUUGUAUAAAAAUGUUAAUGUUUUUAAAAGCACAAUUUCUUAUUAUUUCAGUGGUUAUGGGAUGAAUAAGAUGAAAUGCGAGUCGACUCGACUCGUCAACUAACAAAUUAGAGAUUCUGUGAUUUCUACCUGUUAAAAAGAAUGUAACAUUUUAAUGUAAUCCGUGUCUCUCUUUCUGACAAAAAAGUAGCCGAACUUCAUCCAACUGUGGGUUUAAAUGAAUAAAAUUAUUGUAAAUAUG